AUGACGUCUUCAAAUUCAAUACGACAACAACAACAAAUAAACUCAAAUUUAAUUACACCUCCAAAUUCAUCAAAUACUUCACCAACAACAUUAUUAACUCAUCGCAUGGAUAAAACAAUUUUUGAAAAUCAAAUUUUAAUUGGUUCCAUACUUUCGAAAAGAUCAUCAACUACUAAAUCUUGGAAAAAAAAAUGGGUUGUCCUUCGUAAAUGUCAGUUAUCAUAUUAUAAAGAUUCAAGAGAACAUCAGCCCUUAAAAGUAUAUAAUAAGACCAAUUUAUUAUCUUAUUCAAAAAUUGAAAAUAAAAAAUUUCAUAAUUAUCAUUUUGCAAUAUAUACGCAUAAAAAAACCUUACAUUUCAAAACUAGUGAUUUAAAAACUUACGAAAAUUGGUUACAACAAUUACGUGUAUUUUUCAAUAAUGAAGAAAACCAGGGUCAAAUUAUUUCAGAUGCGUCAAGUAUAUCUUCAACGGAACAUUUACCAACGGAACAUUUACCUAUUCAUUCUAUAAAUAAUUCAAAUUUAAUGAAAUUAGAGUCAUGUACUUCAGAUGACGAUUUUAGCUCUGGAAAUACGACUUUUCAAACUCCGACAAAUGGUAAUAAAUUUGUGAAAUUAGAUAUACCGAAAGAAAUAGAUGAGGAGAGAUAUUAUGAAAAUGGAGAAAAUAAUAGGGAAUUCUUAAUUGAAAAGGGGUAUGUUGAAGUUAGCUCAAAAAAGUAUAAUCAAAAUUGGAAAAGAUUAUAUUUAUUAUUAUCUAAUUUAAAUUUAUAUUUUUUUAAGUCAGAAAAUUCAAAUGAAGUUUAUAAAAUGUUUGAUAUUGAUAAUAUUAAUGAUGUUAUUGAAAUUGAUCAAUUGAGUAAGAAUAGACAAUGGUGUUUAUUAAUUAUAACAUCUCAAAAAAGAAUAAGAUUAAGUUUAAAAGAUGAAGAAGAGUUGACUAAAUGGUUAAGUGGAUUAAAAGUUGCAAUUAUGAAUAACAGAAAAAGGAAAUCAGUACAGUAA